AUGAAAAAGCUUCAAAUUGAGGAGGUAAAUCCCACUCGUAUUUCUCUUCAACUUGCUUAUCUUUCUAUUAAAUUACCUAUGGGUGUUGUUGAGGAUUUACUUGUUAAAGUAGGACCAUUCAUCUUUCCUGUUGAUUUUGUUAUAUUGGACAUGGAAGAGGAGGUGGUCCUUCAUGUUUUUGAAGCUAUCAAGCACCCUAAUGAUUUUGAAGGGUGUAUGAAAAUAGAUGUUAUUAAACCACUUGUUCAAGAGGUACUGAAAGCUGAGGUGCUUGAUGACAUUCUGGAUCCUAUCUCUGAGUAUGAAUUAGUUGAAGUUGAUAAUUCGCCACCCUAG